GUAGUGACUCAUCUCGGGCAGAGCGCAGGGGCUCGGAGCGAGACAGUGAGCGGCGCUCGGCAGGGACAGAGAGAGAGAAAGAGAGCGAGCGCAAGAAAGAGGGGGAGAGAGGGGAGGGCGAAGCGAGGCGAGAAGCGCGAGGCUUGGCAGGUCCUGGAGCCGGCACGGGGUGCAGGUCACUGCGACGCGGAGCCACGUCCCUCUCAGCACCGCUCAGCCUAGAAUCCCACGGGCGCUGUCCCACCGGCGCGAUCGGGGCCGCUGGACCGGCGCUCACCGCCUUGUCCUAAGUCAAGUGUCCGAGUCGCCGGGAAACUCAGGCGGCGAGUUGGCCACAGGAAGUUUAUUCUCGGGCUCCUUUUCUAAAAGGAGGAAACAGAAGUUUCUCCCAACCGGCAGCUUUUCUUUUUCGCCUUUUUGGCGCCCUGAGAGAUCGGGGAGGGAGUCCCCCAGAGCUGCCAAGCGACACCCGCGGGGCUCCUAGUCUUUUCGCGUUGCCCAUUUUUCUCCAGCCCGUGGGUCCCGGCAGAGCUCCGGCUGCGCGCGGGGGCGGAAGGGCGCGCGCAGGGGAGGGACCGAGGGACGCGCCGACUUUUUAGAGGGAGGGACUCGGUGGACAACCGGUUCCGCGGAGCUUGCAGAGCAGAAACGAAGUGCGGUGCGCGGCGAUCGGGGGGGUCACUUCCCGAGUGUCGCUGCCUCCUGUCUGCUUUGGUUAGGGGACAUCCCGGGAGCGAAAAGCCCAGCCCGUGGCCGGGCCGGUGGACCAGCGAGCGCGCAGCAGACUGUGCGCGGCCGCGGCGAGGGCGGGGAAAAAAACCACCCUGUUUCCUCUCCGGCCCCCACCGCGGAUCAUGUACCAGGAUUAUCCCGGGAACUUUGACACCUCGUCCCGGGGCAGCAGCGGCUCUCCUGCGCACGCCGAGUCCUACUCCAGCGGUGGCGGCGGCCAGCAGAAGUUCCGGGUAGAUAUGCCUGGCUCGGGCAGUGCCUUCAUCCCCACAAUCAACGCCAUCACCACCAGCCAGGACCUGCAGUGGAUGGUACAGCCCACAGUGAUCACCUCCAUGUCCAAUCCCUAUCCACGCUCACAUCCCUACAGUCCCCUGCCAGGCCUGGCUUCAGUCCCUGGGCACAUGGCUCUCCCCAGACCGGGAGUGAUCAAGACCAUCGGUACCACCGUGGGCCGCAGAAGGAGAGAUGAGCAGCUGUCUCCUGAGGAGGAGGAGAAGCGUCGAAUCCGGAGGGAGAGAAACAAGCUAGCUGCAGCCAAGUGUCGGAACCGUCGCCGGGAGCUGACAGAGAAGCUGCAGGCGGAGACCGAGGAGCUGGAAGAGGAGAAGUCUGGGCUGCAGAAAGAGAUUGCUGAGCUGCAGAAGGAGAAGGAGAAGCUAGAGUUCAUGCUGGUGGCUCACGGCCCGGUGUGCAAAAUCAGCCCCGAGGAACGCCGAUCGCCCCCCACCUCCGGGCUGCAGUCCUUGCGUGGUACGGGCAGUGCUGUUGGCCCCGUGGUGGUGAAGCAGGAGCCUCCCGAAGAGGACAGCCCCUCUUCUUCAGCAGGGAUGGACAAGACCCAGCGCUCUGUCAUCAAGCCCAUUAGCAUCGCCGGGGGUGGUUUCUACGGGGAAGAGCCUCUGCACACCCCCAUCGUGGUGACCUCCACGCCUGCCAUCACUCCAGGCACUUCAAACCUUGUCUUCACCUACCCCAAUGUCCUGGAGCAGGAGUCGCCUGCGUCGCCCUCAGAGUCCUGCUCCAAGGCUCACCGCAGAAGCAGUAGCAGUGGGGACCAGUCAUCAGACUCCUUGAACUCCCCCACACUUCUAGCCCUGUAACCCUGUGCUCCUCUGGCCAGCUCUGGAGGAAUCCCCGUCCAUCCUUACCACACCCUUCCCAGGGACCAGCACCUUUAAGCACUCCAGGGCCUUGAGGGAAAAAGGGGCCCCUGGCUCUGGGGACCCACCCGGUGGGACUUAGUGGUGAGACACUGGUUGAUCUCUUAGAAGCCCUGGGACACGCCCUCCCUCAUUCAUCUUGCAAGCAAAGCGAAUCCUCUUUCUUGAGAAGCCUCAGAGAACUUGGUUUGUGGACUCAGACGCGCCUGUGGCUACCCCCCUACACCUCACCCCACCCCCACCCCGCUUCUGAAGCCCCGCCCCCUGGAGCUGGCCCGGAUGGUUUCUGUCCCUUUGUUAUCCGUUGUCUCUGAAGUGACAGUGUCCUUUCCUGCCCCACCAAGCAUGCUCAGUGCCUUUUGGUUUCCCCUCCUUCCCCUAGAUUCAGUUUUGCUCCCUCUGGGUUUUUAUAAGAUUUGCCAUGACAUUUCAUCUGGGUGGUCCAGAUAGUAAAGCGCUUUUAUUUCUGGAGCUGGGGAAGCAGAUGACUCUUCCACUGGGGCGGAAGGGGCACCCACUGUGUCCCGAAGGGGCAGUCAAAGUGCAAUAUUAUUGAAACUUCCCUCCCUACACACCCAGUGCGCUGUUGUUACAGACCGUGGGCUCCCUGAGUUCUGCCGGUGAGCUGCCGUCACUGGGAUGCGCCAAGGACCUUUCCUCCCCAGUCUCAGAGAUGCACAUCUCUUUGAGGAUCGGCUUGGCCGGAAGACAGGGUGUGAGUGCGACAACAGGGGCACAGGUUGGGUUUGCCAAAACGUCUAAUUACCAAGCCAGGAUUUGUGCCAACAAAGCCACAUGGCUGUCCUAGUGAGCUUCCUUUCUUACCUGUCUUGAGCUGGGCGUCUCUUUAAUUACUGCCUCUGCCCCAGACCCUUCUCUCUAGACUUGGGAAGCACUCCUUCCUAGAAGCCACACAUCACUCCAAGGCUCAGCUGGGCGCUGCUCAUCCCCAACUCUCAUAGUGACAUCACCUGUGGAUAUUUAAUGAGUAUGGGAUGUGGGGUCUGCGGUAGAGAUGGUUUCUGGCAGCCGCAGCAGCCCCAGGUACCUAGCCUCCCCUGGCUGCUCUCCUAUCAGUGAGGUAUAGGAGCCGCCCUCUGCUCUCAGUGGUCUCUGCUACUGAUGAAUCCAGUGAGUUUCCUUUCAUAUUCUCCUGGCCCACUCCGGAGUGACCCCCUAACCCAGCAGGCCCACCUCUCUGGGAGUCGUUGGUCUCCACCAGUUUUGCUAGGGCUUUGAGUGUCUGUUCGGUUCCUAUCAAAGCUAGUGUGUAUUCCUUUCCACUACAGAAGAACCAUCGCUCUCAUGGGUGUCCCAGCCUCCAGCAAGGGCACAGUCCUGUCCCCUGCCUUUCUCUCCCUUUGUCCCCACUGCAUGUUGACACAAGUAUGGAAGUGGAGCCUGGUUAGAACUGGUUUCUAGUGCUAAUGCUCUGACCUAGUAUUUCUGCUCGAGAUCACUGUCCAGCCAUCUAAAGCCCUGUUAUUCGAGUCAAGCUUAUCCCCAUUUUUAAGAGAGAAGGGGCACCUUCACAGUCCAAUGCCCUUCUUACCCCAAGUUCCCAUAAACACUUACAUGCAUGCAGAAACACACAGGACACAGGGACUGUGUGGGAAGCAUGCUCAGCCUAGCAGAGCUGAAAGGAGCAGGCUUGGCUUGGUAGAGAGGGGGCAGAAAGGAGAUAAUCUCAAUGUGUUCUUUCCUGUAUGCCUUGGCUCUAACUCUGCUGCUCUGGUCUCCCAGAGCCUCUAGGGGCAGGGGAGUGCUCCACAAGGUGGUUUGCUGGCUUCAGAGCCCUAGAAGCAGAAGACAGUGGAUUCAGUGGAGGAGCUGGGACUAGAGGAGUUGGGCAGUCUCAGAUGAGAAGCUUUAUCACCUCAAGCCAAGUGGGAGCUCUCUCCCUCAUGCCUGUGGGUAUUUCUGAAAUGAAGCUCCUCCCUGUUCUGUCCUUUCCCAAAGCCCCUUUCUGCCCAUAGCAUGGAUCCCAACCCAGGUCACAGGCCUGGGACUUGGUACCCUGGUUGGACACUCCUGAGACUCCAAGUCUGGCUUUCAGUUCAGAUUUCAUCUGUGUUGACAUCGGGGCCAGAAAGCACAGCCAGCUAACCGGGCCUCUGAGGUCACCUUCCCUUCCAGCCUGUUUGCUUUGUCCUACAAGACUUCUUGGCUUUUCCAAAGACAGAGAUUUCUUGGGGGAAGCCGAAUAUUUCUACCUAAACUCUGGGUGUGACCUCAGCUCGAUUCUUUCUGACCCACUGUCCAAGUUGGGUCACAAACAUGUCACUCAUGCAUGCCUGCACUCCAGAGUCAGGUGCCCAGAUUGCUUGUCCUUCCCUGCCUCCAGGUUAGGGAGCAGCUGCAGUGAGGGUGGGGAGGUGAGGGCUUUGUACUCAUAGACACACAUGUGUCCUCCGCUGUCAUGAACUUGGGUUGGACUGUGAGCAGCUCUGGGUUAGUACAGGGCAGGCAAUCCUUAAACAGCUAGCAUGAAACAGUUUUGUCGUGGCCACCAGGCUUCUGUGGGAACAGUCCUUCUCUGGCUGGCUAGUUAGGCACAGCUAUGGCACUGGAAAGAGUAGAGCCCAGGUGAAGCUUAGGAAAUUUUGGGAGCUAACACCAAGCAACUGGUUCGUGGGGGAAGUUUUUAGGGAGCUCAGACUGCUGCUUUCAUAGGCAAAGUGUGCCCAUGGGGGCCAGUCACGGGAACAUUCCAAAGCCUACAGUAAGCAGAACCUGUAGCUUUCUCUGGCUUUAGGGAGAGAGAACCCUGCUUGCUUCCACUUAACUCCCAGUGGAAGAGGGGCAGGCACGUUCGAAGCUUCUGGAUUCAUUUUUCCCUCACUUUCCUGAGAGACCAAAAGUGUUCCUUGAGAUGUCACCAUUUGUCUUUCACAGUGACUUCCUUCCCUGAGCAGACAUUCAUGUGGCUUCGCUGGGGAGGAAAAGAAUAAGCACCUACUGUGUGCCAGGCACUAUGAGGCACUUUUAUAUUUAUCCUCUUUUAAGAUAGGACUAAGGGUUCAUCUCCUUCUAGAAGGCCCCCAAGUAAUGGCUAAACAAAAACUCUUGGGGAUGAGAGGGCUUUCUUCAGAGACUCCCAGGUGGGAGUGCCUCUAGUCUAGUGGUCCUCAAAGACUCAUCCACAGCAGCAUCAGCCCAUCCCAGGCUCCUCCCUCCUCAGACUCCUCCUACCUGGCUUGUGCUCCUCAGGUGGCUGAAGGGGCCACCUUAGUUCUCAUAGAAAUUGUGGACCAAUAGGAUAUGUGCUGUGUAUAACUUUCUUUUUAAACUGUAAGUAAAGGGUCUUGCAGCAUUGUGCUUGUGUUAUCUUAGCAUUUAUCUUCAAACCAGCAUCUCACUAUUUAUUGACAGUGGUGUGUGUGUGUGUGUUUCUGCGUGUGCACAUAUGUGUGCACACAUGUGCGUGUGUGUUCAUGUGUGUGCAUGCUUGUGUCUUUCCACAGCUUUUUUUUUUUUUUUUAAGGGUCAUCCUACUGCUAAGUCGGUGUCUCUUCUUGCUUCUAGUGUUUUGGCCACGCCUCACCAAGUGUCUGUAAUGACCCAGUACUCACAACAUGUUCAGGAGGAGCUGGGUCAGAUUUUGACAGAGGGUAUGGGAAGGGGAAGGGGAGAAGAAAUUGACAUUUAUUUUAUUAUUUAUUUUAAAUGUUUACAUUUCUUUGUGUUGUUCCAAGCCUGAAUAGAAACAGAUAGCAUUAAAGUACUCCGUUCCCACUCCUUUCUCUGGCUCUCUCUCCCCCACUUGUUCUGACUUAGGAUAACGAUCUCUAUUUUGUUUGUUUCUCAAGUGACUUGUGGACUUGUGCUGUAUAAACUGUAUUAAAAAGGCUCUGUUUUUAAAGAUCAAUUGUCAUUCCUGUGGGGACAGUGGCUACUGAGAAAUCUACAUUGUAAGAGAAGACAAUGAAAGACCCUGGCCCUGUCUCUCAAAACUUAACUUUCUCUGUAUGAUUUUUUUAAAAAAAUAUUCCAUUUAUUUUACUUUGUGGUUACUUGAUUUUGAGGAAGAAAAUAUUCAACUUUGUAUAAAGACUAGGUAUCAGAUUCCUUUUGCAGUGGGAGGUGUAUAUAUCGUAUUUUGGUAUAGAGUAGGGACUCAAGCUUCAUGCAUCUGUAUUUGGUAUAUGUCAAUGAUGUGGAGUGAAAUUUGCUAUUAGAUCCUGGAGGCAAAUGGAUUGUACAAGGUUUUAUGGCUCCAUGGGGAAUUUAAUUUCCUUUCUGGGCACCUUUUGUCCCCUACUUUUAAAGUAACGGUGAAACGGCCCUAGGAGGGUCGCUCUAGUUGAAUUCUCCAGGCAGGACCUUAUGCUCAAAAAUCUUUGUAUAGUUUUAAAUUUUUGAGGAGUAUCUCUGCUCGGAAGCAUCUAUGGUGGUGUGAUGUGUUGUUCUGUGUACUGUAUGUGACACAAGCCUACAGGAUUUGCACUAAGAAAAGCUUGGUAGGAGCUUGCUGCUAUGGAGGAAAGAACAUAUUAAAACUUAUUUUCCCUCGGGUUUGUUCUCGUUUUAUGUUUUUUGUUGUUGUUGUUUUGUUAGCUUUCCUACUUCCACUGAGUAGCAUUUUGUAGAAUAAAAUUAAUCAAGAACAAA